AUGGCUGCUAAGAAAGGUAUUAACAUAAGGAUCGUGAAUGAAAAAAUUUGGAGAGAAUUUUCUGCGCUUUCAACGGAAAUGGUUUUGACAAAGAAUGGAAGGAAGUUGUUUCCACGACUACAAUACAAAAUCAGCGGUUUGGAACCAAAACGACGAUAUUUGAUGGAACUUCACUUUCAUUUAGCCGAUAACAAGAAGUAUAAAUUUAAAGAAGAUGGAUGGGCGCCAACUGAAUGCUUCGAACCAAAUUUUUUACCGCAGAAAGUGAUACAUCCAGACGGUUGGCAAACUGGCGAUAUUUGGGUGCAGUGUGGUAUCAAAUUUGAUCGAGUUAAAAUCACCAAUAACACUGAGGAUCCACGUGGAAAUGUACUGUUACAAUCUAUGCGGAAGUAUCAGCCGGUAGUCACAGUGUAUACAUCUGAAAAUAUCAUAGAACGAGUCAACAAUUUCUGUUUACCACAAGAACGAUUUAUUAAGAUUUUCGAAUUUUGUAAUCGAAUCCAGGAGUUUAUCGCAGUCACUGCAUAUCAGAACAAUAGAAUAACUGCAUUAAAAAUAACCAACAAUCCAUAUGCCAAGGGAUUUCGUGACGGACAAAACAAGCGAAAACGUUCACUUUCGAGCACAGGUGAUUUUUCGGUUUUUCUUUUCUCUUUGCCUAGUUGUAUGAAUCCAACUGGUGAUAUGCAAUUCAAUUCAAUGCCUCCAUUACAACAUCAACCGGUUUAUACGCCAACCACAUUCCAACAGUUUGAUGUACCGCUAACGCCACAGUUUACAUAUCAGCAACCACCUUUGAACACGCAACAGUAUUGCUAUCCGACAACUAUGCCAGGUUAUACGCCUUGGCAAUGUACAAACGUGUGGAACCCUGGUUUUAUGCAGUCGUCGCCGUCGCUGUUUGAUGACAGUAGUCAACAGUUCCUUGUGUAA